GUGAGGUCCGCAUGUCCAUAUGCAUUAUUGUGUACGAGUGAUAGAAGAGCGCAGAGUCUCCUGGCAGCGCGAAUAGGUGCUUUUAGCAACGUCAGGAGAGGGAAGAAAAACAGGCCUGAUGACCUCGCACCGUAGCAACCGCUGCUCUCGAGACGCGGCUCAUUUUUGAGUGUAGCGAGAAAAUGGCAUGUGUGUUUUGUGUAUGGAGUGUGCCUGAGAAGUGUGCGCGAUUCGGAGUCCUCGAGAUAAAAGGAGCAUGGCUACGACACGAGCAGGGAGAAGAGAAUCUCGGAGGCGAAAAGAAAGAGGAUGCAGUGGUGGAGCUACGGAGCGCAGAGAACGCUCGCGACAGAAUGACACGCUGAGAGACACUUUGAGGAAGCCACAUGCUGAGGAUGCGUGUGAAGAGGACGCUCAUUUGAGGUGAGUUUCAGAAGGGUGAUGAGCUACGCGUAUUGGUGGCGAAAUAUUGCACAUUUAACGUAGAGGAAUGGCUGAUGCAAACAAUCGAGCGUGUAUGAUAAAAAAAAUGCACAGAAGCGAUUUUUUUUAGCUCUGAAUUUUAUGCACAGGAGCAAUGAUGUGUAGUUUCUACUUGACGAAUUGAAUGUUAACUCUCUCUGUUUUCAAUGGCCGAUAUCGCCGAAAAUUCACCCGCGCGAGCUGAAGGCGAGAACUCGGGUUGGGUGAACAAUACUGACAGAGAAAGGACGUCGAAGUACGAGUUGCCCAAUGGGGUUGUCAAGGGGCGUGUCAGUAAUGGGUCUAGGAGGGGGCAGUCGAAGACUGACCUUUCCAAGGACUCAACAUCAAACUUUCAAUUGGAACGAAGUACAAUUUACACAGCGGUUCUUGAGGGUCACGUUCAAGAAGUCAUUAAGAUUUUAAGUCAACAGAAAAACCGUGUGGACCACACGUUUGGAUUGAAACGCCAGACACUUCUGCACAUCGCAGUUAAAAAAGGGAACACGGAGCUCGUGAAGAUCUUGGGGGAGAAUGGCUGUGACCCGAAUAAGCCGGAUAAGAAGGGAAGGACACCAUUGCACUACGCAAUAAAGAAUACUUCGGUACUAGAGACGUUGUUGGCAUUUCCAAAAAUAGAUCUGCUGGUACAAGAUAAAGAUGGGUGCUUGCCUCUGCAUCUUGCAACGAAGGCAGGAAACAAGAAUUCUGUGACUAUGAUGCUGUCAAAGGGCUCGAAAUUGAAGCAGCUAAGUUUUAGGAACUCGCAGGGAUACACGGCACUGCAUAUUGCCACGAAGCAGCUAGACGUGCCCUUAGUGAAGCUGCUCUGCGAGCAGAAUGAUGCCGUUUACUGGAACAGCGAAGAGGAUGCGACGACGCCGCUGCAUUUGGCGGCGGAGAUGGGUUCUGAGGAGCUGAUUCGGAUGUUGGCGACGAAGGCCAGCGUGAACUUGAUGGACGAGGAGAAGAACACGGCUCUGCAUUUGGUGAGCAAGAAUGACUGUUCGGGGGGAGCGAAAUAUCUUAUCGAGCAAGGGGCGGACAUAAACAUAAGAAACGCAAAAGGUGAGACGCCGCUGCACACAGCGGUGCUGUUUGGAGCGGAGUUGGUGUGCCACAUUUUGCUGACGUCCGGGGGGGACAUUGGCGUAAGGUAUGAAAAAAGCCUAUACGACAAGCGACGAAAGAACGAGAUACGUCGAAUUUUAGACCAGAUGUCGCAAAACCCUGAUGUAGAUGUGCUAGGACUAUCGCUGGACCGAUACGGGUUCAUACGCAUGAGCGGUACGGAGUCGAGACAGGAAGAGGAAGACAGCUAUCCAGACACUGUGUCGAGGCAAAAAUCAGAGGUUGGUGGGAACAAUCGAAUAUGGCUGAAGCCCGAGAAAACAAAGAAACUGAAUCACCAGACUCGGAAAUGGAUCAAGCUGUUAUCGAAGCUGAACUCGCAAGAGAACACCUCAACAUAUUCUACGGUAAUGGUACAGGACACAAACAUCAAACGAAAAUUGAGAAAAUAUUUGUACAACGGAGUGCCGAAUUCUUUGAGGCCCGGCGUCUGGCGCGUUAUUUCAGGCGCGGGUGCCACGCAUGAGAGACACACUACCAGGUAUCAGAAGCUAUUAGCUCGGGAAUCUGGCCGUUCUGACAAAAUCCAGAUCGAUCUGGACGUGGCCAGAACAUAUCGAAAUCACUUUUUGUUUCACGAGAGAUUUGGUCUGGGCCAAAUCUCUCUAUACAAUAUUUUACGUUGUUACAGCAUUUACGAUCCCGCGGUGGGCUAUUGCCAAGGCAUGAGCGACAUAACAGGCCUGAUCUUGAUGUAUAUGGAAGAAGAAGAGGCGUUUUGGCUGUUGGCCACUAUCAUGCAGGAUGAGAGGUUUAGACUGACAGAGCGCUUCCAGACGAGUUUUCGUGGAUUGAAAAAAGCGUUUUAUGUUCACGACCGGUUGGUCGAGACCAUGCUGCCAAAGCUGUACAAGUCUCUCUCGAACUGCGUUACCCAGCCCAUUCAAGCUAUUCACUACACCAUCAAAUGGUAUUUGAAGUGCUACUUAGACAUGCCAUCUUUCGAGCUUACCUUGCGAAUAUGGGACGUAUUGCUUUACGAGGGGAUUGACAUUUUGUAUUCGUUCAGCUUGUACCUGCUGAAGUACCACGAAAGCACAAUCUUGAAGACCACCCCAGAUGAGUACAUGACUUCCUUGUCCACGUUUGCUCACUCUCCCAAGCUGGACGAAAAGCACAUCAAGGCGUGGUUCAAGGAUGUCAGGGACCACCCCAUAAAAUCAGAAACCAUCAAAAAGUUAAAAGACGAAUUCGAGGACAAGUAUCCUCUUCAAACCAACUGUCUCUAGCCCCGUGAUGAAUUGCUUGUUUUUCGGAGUUAGCCUGUCAAAUAAAAGAGCAGUUCUUUUUUGUACAUAUACAAAUCCUCACUGCACGUGCCCUUCUUUCAAGAAGGGCGGUUUGACAAGAAAACACGUUGUUCGUCGUCUUUGUGCACUGGUUGAGGCGUUGCGUUUAUUUGCACACACACAUGAGGCGGGUCGCGUCUUUGGCGAUUUUCGCCUCGCGCACCGGCCCGCAGCUACGAUUGAGGGGGGGUGGGGG